AUGGCCUCCUGUGGCGGCGGCGGCGGCGGCGGCGGCUGCGGGGCCAACUGCUCCUCCUCAGCCGCCGAUGAUGCUCCGGAGGAGAGGCUGGGCCGUCUCUCCAUCGCCACCGGCGCCGCCGCCACCUGCGGCAAGUGCGGCGUCGGCGCCGUCGUCGUGGUUGCCGGAGGCGUCGGCCUGUGCGGCGAGUGCUUGCGCGCCCACCUCUUCGGGAAGUUCAAGCUCGCCGUCACGAGCAACGCCAUGGUGCGGCCCACCGACUCCGUCCUCCUCGCCUUCUCCGGCGGCCCCGCCUCCAGGGUGGCUCUGCAAUUCAUACACGACAUGCGGUCCAAGGCGGUCGAGAGCUGGGACGCGAGCAACUCGCAGGCCCUACCGGUCUUUGACGUCGGGGUGGCGUUCGUCGACGAGAGCGCUUUGUUGUCGAAGCCGAGACGUGAAGUUGAUCUGGCGAUUGCAGAUAUCAAGUCAAUUGUCUCGAGUAUAUUGCCGAGUGAUAAAGCGAUGCACAUCACACCUCUUGAGGACGUGUUCUCCUCGGAAUCAAACGGCCGUGAAGGAAGGCUGAGGGAGCUAGUCGGCAUGAUUAAUGAUGACACUGGGAGGGAAGACCUUCUUCAGUGCUUGCGCAUGCUUUCGUUGCAGAAGAUUGCGCUGGAGAACGGGUAUGCCAAGAUCAUGCUGGGAUCAUGUGCCUCUGCAAUAGCAUGCCAUGUACUAUCUGCAACAGUGAAGGGGCAAGGCUAUUCCUUACCAGCUGAUGUCCAGUACGUUGAUACACGGUGGGAAGUGCCUGUCGUGCUUCCACUCCGUGAUUGCCUGGCCCAAGAGCUUAGCCUACUCUGUGAACUCGAUAGUUUGAAGACACAGCAACUUCUCGAUAGGCCUUGCAGUGGGAUCAAUGGCUUAGUUGCAUCUUUUGUUGCACGACUAAGGGAGGAGAAUCCUUCUCGAGAGCAUACUGUUGUAAGAACUGCACAAAAGCUUAAGCCAUUCUCAUUUAACAAGUUCUCCGCAAAUGGCUAUCACGACUUCCUGCCAUCACGGCUGCGUCCCAAAUUCCAGAAUGUUGAUAGCGAUGAGUCUACUCUCUCUGAGGUUCUUUGCCUGAUAUGUCGAAGUCCAUUCAGUGAAUCAGAACUGCAAAAUUUGGAAAGCACAAAGCACAAGGCUCAGAAGAAAAUUGAUCUUUAUACUGCUUAUUGUUGUCAAAGCUGUCAUUUCCAGAUUCUACCAGGAGGUGCAAACAUGUAUGACCAGUUCUUUUCACUACUACCGAAGUUCUGGACUGAGAGAGUAGAUACUGCAAGUGCCAGCCAAAGCUCGCUAAGAAAUCAAAUUGAAGACUAUCUGCUUGAAGACAACGACGACGAAAACUGAAUUUGUUCAUUGCGUGAAUCCUGAAUUUACUUGCCAGAAGACAGUAGAGAUUCCUUCUUAGUUGGGCCUCACAAAUCAUGGCAUAAGCCAAACUUGCCUGGGAUAACAGUGUUUGCGUCUAGUACUGACACUGGUUUAUUCAGGCUUCUGCCACAUCCUUCGAUUUACCAUACACUGUAUUUUCUGAUUCAAUUCCUGGUGUAUCUGUAAGUCCUCCCUACUCAAGUUAAAACCUGUCGGAAAUCUGUAGAGUGACAAAGGAAAAAACAUUAUUUGCCAUCAAGUUUUCCACUGAUCUCAGACAGCUGAUGACUUUGGGUAGCUGAAGCCUUCCAGCUUCCAUGUGAUCACAGUAUAACAGGUCUCACCUGCUGUACCACUAUUUUCCUGCAAAAUAGAUUGUAAUCAGGGAAUUCAUCAAAUGAUUUUAGAGCAACUUUUUUUUGUAUAAAACCUUCUGUACUUGCUGUGAUUUUUUUUUACGGAAUUGUACUUGCUGUGAUUAUAAUCCGUUUACACCGUUGUACUUGUUUCAUCCA